CGUCACUGUCAUCUUUGACAAAGUUGUCUGGGUUGUAUUUAUCAGAUAAUUUUCUUUCUGGUAAUAUUUCACCAAAUUUUUUCUCUAAUUGGACCAAGCUAACAACUUUGAACCUUCAAAACAAUUUAUUCAACGGGAGUAUUCCAUCAGAAAUUGGCUUGCUAACCAAUCUUGAACAACUUUUCUUGAAUUCAAAUCAAUUUUCUGGAGACAUUCCAACUCAUAUAGGAAACUUGCAGAAUUUAGUUCACUUAGAUAUGUCUAAAAACAACCUUUAUGGUUCAAUACCUCAAACAAUUGCAAACCUCGCAAUCCUCUCAAUCUUACUCCUUUCUACGAACAAUCUCACUGGAACACUUUUGUCUGAGAAUGAGGAUCUAACACCAACGCUUAUUUCUUCCUCCAUUUGCAAUAUACAUUCUCUGGAAAUUUUGGUUUUGGCAAACAAUUCAUUAUCUGGGCCAAUACCUCAAUGUUUAGGGAACAUAAGUCUCUCUGUGUUAGAUUUGCACCAGAAUCAAUUUCAUGGGUCAAUUCCAACAAGUUUUAAGGUGGGCAACCCUUUGAAUAGACUUAACUUGCGUGAAAUCCACUUAGAGGGAACAUUGUCGCCAUCUUUAAUCAAUUGUAAAAAGUUGGAAGUUUUUGAUCUUGGACACAACAACUUGAAUGGUACGUUUCCAAUGUGGUUAGGAGUUCUUACAAAUCUAAAGGUUCUGAGCUUGAGGUUUAACAAGUUGAACGGUUCUAUAGCAAGCACGAGUAUCAAAGGAUACAUGUUUCUUCAACUUCGUGUCUUUGACCUCUCUUACAAUGAAUUCAUAGGAGAUUUGCCUACAAUGCUUUUUAAGAAUUUUAAAGCAAUGACAAAUGAAGAUGAAGAUAGAAUACCACAAGGACAAAUGUACCUCAAGCAGAACUUCUAUUACAAAGAUUCAUUAGUGAUAGAAAUGAAAGGACAAGAGCGUGAAAUUGUUAAAAUACUAAUCACGUUUACUACUAUUGAUCUCUCAUGUAACAAAUUUGAAGGCCAUAUUCCAAAUAGCAUCGGAGAUCUUCUUGCACUACGUGAAUUAAAUUUAUCGCAUAACAUGUUCACCGGCAUCAUCCCAACAUCUCUUGGAAAUUUAUCAGUGCUUGAAUCUUUGGACCUUUCUUCAAAUCAAAUUGGUGGAGCAAUCCCUGGGCAAUUGGCAAGUAUUACAUGGCUUGAAGUGUUGAAUCUCUCACAUAAUAAGCUUGUGGGAUGCAUACCUCAUGGCAAACAAUUCAAUACAUUUGAAGAAAUUCAUAUCAAGGGAAUGAUGGAUUGAAAGGAAAACCUUUGUCACAAGGUUGUGGGAAUGUCAUGAUACCGCAACUUCCAACAGCACCAAAAGAGCUCCACCAAGAAGACAAUUCAAGUUUAUAGAGCGGAUGCACGGUAAAAGUUGUGGCAAUGGGAUACGGUUGUGGUAUUUUUUUUGGAUUAUUCAUGGGAAGUCUCAUGCUCCUAUCUGGAAAGCCAGAAUUCAUUGCAAGGUUUGUUGAAGAAGAAUCAUACAAACUAGCAAUGAAGAUCAAACAAAGAAGAUCAAAAACAAGAAGGAGAAGAAACUGCUUCAAUGUUCACUUGGCUUCUCUCCGGAUGAAAAAUAUUCGAGACAGAGGAUGUUGUAGUUAAAGAAGUGGCCUCGUUUGGUUUGUUGCCGACUCAGAAGCCACCUCCCAAGUACUGUCGACUAUCAUAUAUGAUCUAUCUCUAGUUAGGUGUUGUCACAUUGUAUGGCGACUAUCAUAUAUGAUCUAUCCCUAGUUAGGUGUUGUCACAUUGUAUGGCUUUGGUAUGAUACCAAAUGUUUCAAUUCAUGCAUGAUGAAUAAUGUCAAUAUGUUCAUGUCUUAGAGCUUUCUUUCUAGUAGAAUGGAUUUGUUAUGCCUA